GGACUCUUGGAUAGCUUGAUACGCAACGGUUGGGAGUUUGGAAGGAAGUGUGUAUAACCCAUGCUCACAGAGGCCCUUGUACCGCACCUGGUUGGUAGGAUUGUCCACUAUCUGGAAAUCGUUGGCAUUGAAAACAAGAGUGCAGUUGUUAUCUUUGGUAAAUCGAUGGACAGACAAUAGAUUGGAGGUAAGGGAAGGGACAUAAUGAAGAGUAGAAAGGUGGUAUUUACCAUUAGGAGUAUGGACAAAACCUGAGCCAGAGUGUGUGAUGGGCAUCGAGAUCCGAGAGAAUAGUUGCCACAUCAUCAAGGUAUUGUGUCAUAGUUUUGGUACCUUUACGAAGAGUGUGGAGUUUGUCCCGAAGCUGAUAAACAUGAGCGGUGGACACGGAGUUGUACCGUGCGACCAAAGCAUCCCAGAGGGCAGCAGAUGUGGUGAAGCCGCGAGCAUGUUUGUGAACGGAGGGGCUGAUGACCGCUAGGAGGCAGGCGCGGAUCUGUGUGUCAACGAUGGUCCAGGAGGUAUACUCUGGAUUAGGGACGGUUUUAUCGUUUUUGGAGAUAGUUGGCGCCGGGGUUGCUUCAUGACCAUCAAUCCAUCCAAGGAGGAGAUUAGCUGAAAGAGCUGUCUGGACAUUGAGAGACCAUGCCGGAUAAUUUGUUUCGGUGAGUUUUUCUGGGAUUAAGUUGUGGAGACUCCGAAGCAAAAGUUUUACUCCGGAGGGUAAGGACGCCAAAGGAUCCGACGGGGCUGCCAUGGUGGGCGGCGGUCGGAAAAAAGAGAGGCUAGGUUUUUGAGAGCCUUAGCUCUGAUACCAUGAUACAAUUUGAUAAUAACUUGUCUUAUUGAAU